GGCUCCUUCCUCCUUUUCUCCUUCCUUCCCUCCCUCCCCUGCUACUCCGAAGUCCGAUCACUACCACCACCUAGGGUUUCGCCGCCAUGCCGCAGGGAGACUACAUAGAGCUGCACCAGAAGCGCCAUGGACGGCGGCCGGACUACGCCGAGAGGAAGCGCAAGCGCGAGGCGCGUGAGGUGCACACGCGCUCGAAGCAGGCACAGAAGUUGCUCGGCGCCAAGGGCAAGAGGUUCGCCAAGAAGCGGUAUGCCGAGAAGGCGCAGAUGAAGAAGACCCUGAAGAUGCAUGAUGAGUCAGCAACUAGAAAUAAGGUUGAUGAUGAUGUCCAGGAAGGUGCUGUCCCCCCAUAUUUGCUCGACCGCGAUCUGACAAUACGUGCGAAAGUACUUAGUAACACAAUAAAGCAAAAGAGGAAGGAAAAGGUUGGCAAGUGGGAUGUUCCUUUGUCAAAGGUCAGACCUGUGGCAGAAGAAGAGAUGUUCAAAGUCGUUAGGUCUGGCAUACACAAAACCAAGCAAUGGAAGCGAAUGGUCACUAAAGCCACAUUUGUGGGCCCUGGAUUUACGAGGAAACCACCAAAGUAUGAGCGGUUCAUACGGCCUAGUGGCUUGCGUUUCACCAAAGCUCAUGUGACCCAUCCUGAAUUAAAAUGCACCUUCAGCCUUGACUUAAUCUCGGUAAAGAAAAACCCCAAUGGUUCAAUGUAUACUUCUCUUGGUGUUAUGACAAGAGGAACUAUCAUUGAGGUCAAUGUGAGCGAACUUGGUCUUGUGACUCCUGCUGGAAAAGUUGUUUGGGGUAAAUAUGCUCAGGUUACAAACGAUCCAGAAAAUGAUGGUUGUAUCAAUGCUGUCUUGCUAGUCUAAAGCUAUUUUAUUAUAUUUCCCUGAUGAUGUUUCACCCCGUUUAUGAGUAGCUAUUGUGGCUAAUUUUUUUUUUUAGAACAGACUUGUCAUAGGUGUGUGUCGGUAUUCUGAUGGAUGUGUCAUAUGAACUUUGUAACCGAAGUUCUAUCUCAAAGAAUUGAAGAAAUGCAUCAGGGGUGGUAAAAUUGCCCAUCUGGUUCU